AUUUUAUGUAUUUCAGACCGGAUGUGACGUCACGCACGGAGCCUAACGCACUGAAAAGCUUCAACAUCGUUCCUUAUGGACGAAGAAAACGGCGCUGAAAUCACAAACACGGGCGGGCUCCCCCUGGCGUCUCUGCGUUUGCUGGUUCCUCCUCUACACCUCAUGUCUGCCUUCAUGUGGCAGGUGCUGCAGCAGAAGAGCCUGGUGCAUUAUGGGAAGCUGGAGGAGUUUGUGUCGAUGGUGACGGAGACGCUGCCGCAGGUGCUGGGAUACAGACGGAGAACACAGCUGAUGCUGGGCCUGAGAGCGCGGAUGGUUCUGGAGUUGUGUCGCGGUCCGGUGGAUCUCAGGAACAUUCAGGCUCAUCUGGACAAACUCCAUCUUCCAGACACGACGCCUGGACAGCCGGCUCCUGAUGCUGAUCUGAGAACCUGCGUCACUAAUUUCAAAGCUUUGGUUCUGGCGCUGCUGAAAGACCCGGUUGAGAAAGCUUAUUUCUUCCAGGAAGUGUUUCCUGUUCAAUAUGGCGAUGGGUUCGACACGGUGCUAAAGGAAGUGAUGUGGGAUCUGCUCUCCAGCCUGGAGAAACUGCUUCCUGUGCCGGACUUGAAGAAGACGGUGUCGUGGCUCUCUCCUGCCCCCGCUGGCCUGGAGGACUGCAUGCGCAGCGACCCGAGCGACCUGCGGCUCCUCCUGCAGCAGCACCGGCUCUUCAGCGCAGACACACACAGCUGGCACACAGGCGCUGCUCCGCGCUCCUCCGGCGACUGCAUCGUGUCCUCGCUCUCAGUCCCUCCGUCGGCUCGAGCGGAUCUGGCCUCGGAUCAGGUGCUGUUCGUCCAGCCCGACUCCAUCAUCAUCACCGACUACACCGAGGUGGAGCUGAGCAGCCACGAGGAAGAGGUGAUGAAGAUGGAGGAGGUGGAGCUGAUGGAGGACGAGGCUCCAGCGACUGAAGAGCCUGCUCUCCUCCCUGCCGAGACGCCCGACGCCGGGCUGCAGGAGGACCGGCCCGUCCCGCCGGACCCUGAGCACCACACACACACGCCUGACGCAGGACGUGACAUCAUAACACCGCAGGAAGCCCCGGCGCCCGUGUCAGACGUCACCCAGAAGCCCCCGGUGCGGAGAGGGCGAGGAAGGCCGAGGAAAACUCCAGAGUCCACGGGCGUAAAAACCCCAGAAGGCCCGGCGGCGGCCGGCCCGGAGCAGCGGAGUGCCGUCACACCACAUGGGGACCGUAAAGACGCCUCUGAUGAUCCAGAAGCUUCCAGCGGCCCGUCCCGCGCACGGAGAACCCGCGGAGCCGAGCCGGAGGCCGCCGACAACCCUCGCGCUCGUCACGCCUGCUCCACCUGCGGGCGCAAGUUCACGCGGCGCUCCGACGUGCAGCGGCACCAGCUCACACACACCGGCGAGCGCCCGUUCCACUGCGCGCAGUGCCAGAAGACCUUCCAGCACGCCUGGGACUUGACCAAACACUGCCGCAAGAUCCACGGCGAGGCUAGCUUCACCUGCCGCGAGUGCCAGAGCGCCUUCGCUAACCUGCGCGAGCUAACGGCGCACCACAAGAGGAGCCACACAGGCGAGCCGCCGCACUACUGCUCCAUCUGCGGAGACGCUAGCGCUAAUCCUGCCGCACUCGCUACACACCGGCGGAGCCACAGCGCCACACACACCUACCGCUGCGAGCAGUGCGGCGAGGGCUUCGACACACUGAUCCUGAGAUCCGCUCACCGGCAGAGCCACCGCAGACGCUGCCAGUUCAAGUGCCCGCAGUGCGAGAAAACCUUCACGCGGCGCAGCGACGUGAGGCGCCACCAGCUAACGCACACCGGCGAGCGCCCGCAUCAGUGUUCGCUCUGCGGGAAACGCUUCGGGCUUCGCUCCGGGCUCCAGAAACACAUGAGCACACACACCGGCGAGCGCCCGUUCGCGUGUCCGCACUGUAGCAAGAGCUUCACGCAGGUCUCGAUCCUGCGGCGUCACGAGCGCAUGCACACGGGCGAGAGACCUUACCUGUGCUCACACUGCGGCAAACGCUUCCUCUCGCUCGGCGAGCUCAUCAAACACGACAAGACGCACGCCGACGCGCGCCCGCACGCCUGCCCGCAGUGUAACAAAGCCUUCAAGUUCAAGCGUUCGCUACAGGAGCAUCUGCUAGCGCACAGCGGCGCGCGCCCGUUCCCCUGCCACUACUGCGGGAAGAUGUUCGCUAAGGCCUUCGCGCUGAACCGACACCACCUGAUCCACACAGGCGAGCGGCCCUACGCCUGCGCACACUGCGAGCGCACGUUCCUCACCGGUGCUGAGCUAGCGCUCCACGAGCGCACACACACCGGCGAGAGGCCGUUCUCCUGCGCCGCGUGCCCGCGUCGGUUCCGUAGCUCGUCGGAGUUAGCACGACACCGGCGCACGCACUCCGACCAGCGGCCCUUCGCCUGCGGAUACUGUCCCAAAGCCUUCGUUAGCGCCGCUAAACUCAAGAACCACACCAGGGUCCACACGCGCGAGAGCAAACCCAGACGCCCCGCCACGAAGGUAGCCGAGGUCAACGUCAUUCUGACGUAGAUUCGCACUGCAGAUCCAACACUGAUCAUUACAGAUGUUGCGUUAGUCUUCAGAUCAAACACACACACACUCAAGCCCUCAUCUUUUGCUCUUCCUCGUGUCCUUCAAACCCACGAGUCGCUCGUCUUCAGAACAAAUGAAGAUGAUUUUAAUGAGUCCGAGAUUUCUGUCCCUCCAUUGAGUGUGUGUUCAGCCUGAACUCUGACCCUUCAUAAAGAGAUGCUGAAAUAAACCCUUUAAUCCAAGACUUCUGGAGACACUCGUCACUCUACAUCUCCACCUGGGGUACCCGAGGCUUUACUCACACACACACACACACACACACACACACACACACACGGUGAACUCUUGUUUGUUUGCUGAUCAAUGUUUAUGAUUUCAAGUUUUAAUACAUCUAUCCAGACAAUACAUGCACAACUAAACAUGCAUAAACUGAUCAUGUGACUGUAUCAGUGUGAGUGCGGAGUCGCGUCGGGCUAGCGGCGUACGGUCUGGACACACGGUCGCCAGCAGAACCUGUGAAUGGAAGGAAGCAAAUGAAGUGUGUUUUGCGGAGCGAUAUUAAUCACUGUUCUCCAUCUCUGCUGAACCAGAGCCUGCUGUGUGCUUUAUUAAAAUCUGACAAAUACAUUA